CUGAUUGAAAAAACAAAACAGAACCCGUAUCAGAAAAAUAAUAACAAAGAACUAACGUAUUGGAUGGAAUUUGGCCAUAAGAAAUGGACAAAUCCAGGUUUAGUGCCUACGAUAAGUUUAUAGGAUUCGUAGAGCAGCUGCGGAAUACAGAAUGCAGCCAAAAGCAAAAGAUUGCCUGCUUUCAGCAGAUUGCAGAAUGCAUAAUGUCCCCUUCACUUGCGGGUCACAUCAACUAUUCGGCCCACUGUGGGACAGCUACCAAUGUACUGCUGCUCUUCUGCGAGGACCUCGACUCCGUGGUGCGGAUGAGCGCUGAGGAGAACCUGAACAAGAUCUUCCGGGCCCUGGAAAAGACACGAGUCAGUCGGGUAUUGAUGGACCUUUAUGGAGAAAUCAAAAGAAAUGGCAAUCAAAGAUCCCUGCGGAUUUGCCUAAAUCUGUUUUCCUACUACGCCCCACAAAUAAAGGAGAAGCACAUAAAGUGGUAUGCCCUUCGACUCCUCCAGUGUAUGUCAAACAUUUCCCAGCGCAAGGAAACACUGCUCCAGGAGACUCUCUGCGAAUUUGUUAAGAAUUUUGGGCGCUAUCUUCAACAGGGUCUUAGUGAUACAGAGACGGUUAAACUGUUUGAUAUAUUUGUGGAUAAUAUUGGGUCCGACUGUGCCGUCAAACGCCGUUGCUCUGCCCAAAAUUGCAUUAGUUUGAUAGAGCAUGCACGCAAUAGAGGCAUGAUGGCCCGGCAUGGGCUCCACAAAGUGAUGGAUCUUCUUCUCUCGGAUCAGCAGACCAGCAGUGUGCUCGGGGCCCUGGGAUUGCUCCGUCUUCUUUUGCCGCUGCUAAUACGAGGCUCCCACGUUGAUGACCAGGAGUAUGCAGAGUCCUUGGCCGGUCAGCAGAAGCAGAAACAAAAGCAGCAGACUUUGACCUCCGACUGCCGGCAAAUUAUUGAAAUUUAUGAUUAUUGUUUGCACCUGCUGAGCACGCAGCCCACCACGAAUCACGCCGUCAUAAAUGCCACACUGGAGGUCAUCAAUAGCAUACUUCAGGCGGUGGAUGCGGCGGCCGAGGGCCAGAAUCCGGGCCAGAGUCUGGGCCAAAGUUUGCGCCAACUGUUGUGCAAUCAACAACUGCAGCACAAUGAGUAUUUGCGGCGAAGGAAAUCAUUAAAGAAUCAAAUAUUCCAAUUGAAAAAUUACGAAGAGGCGACAAGUCAACAGCGACCGAAGGAUGAGGAUACGGAUGAGAACGAGGCGGAUGGGAGUGGUGCGACGGCAAUGCAAAUGAAAAAGAAUUCAAAUGCAAAACUGCAGCAGCCAAAGUGUCAACAACAACGAGGCGAGGUCGGCAGUGGGAGCUCGCUGGGAAUUAAUGCCGGAGAAGAUGCCACCACGACCGAGGCAGCAAGUUCCGUUGCUGAUGAAGCAGCGGUUAAAGGGCAGCGCUGCCACAUUAGGAAUGCCGCACGCAGCAUAAGUGAAUGCGUCGCCACGGACGAGGAUAGGCCGGGGCAAGGACAACAGGACGAUGACGACGACGAUGACAUGGAGCUGUUGAGUGCCGAGUGUGAUGACUUUACAAGCCUGUCGCAACUAAAUGAACAACAACAGUUGCUGUCAGCGACAUUGAAAUUGCCCGGAACAUCUGCACCAGCAACAAUAGCAACAAAAAUAACCGCUUCGCAGGACGAUAAACUGAUUGAUGUGGAUGCCGAUGUCGCGGGGCUGUCUAAACCGCAGCAUCAGUCUUCUCUGCAAAAUCUGCUCGCUGGCAGCGAUGACAAAUCCCAGCAUUUGAGUGACAUCGACAAUGAAUCUUUCAACAGCAUUGAUUUCGAAGCCGAAAUCACAAUUGCCGGCAGCAAAGAGCAGCAACAGCAGCAGGAUACCCAACCUUCGGUGGAGGAUCCCGGCGAGCCAGGGGAAGCAACAGGAAUCAGCACAUUCUUCAACAAUCUGCUGUCGCAUUCCAAUGCAGCUUCCGACUCGGUCACUAAGCUCUUUCGUCAAUCAAGCGGCUCUAAAUCCACGCCCUCCAAGUCAGCUCCACCGGCGGACAAGUCGGAUGCCGCCUCCACGGCUUCGCUGACGCUAUCGUUGAGCUCCUUGGCCAGCAGCAGCAACAUGGAACCGCCAGAGCGGCAACCAUCGAUUGUCGAGACGCCCACACCGGUGGAGGACUCCUGCUCGAUGACUGCCUCCUAUACCGCCUCCACGGCCCUCAUGAUGGAUGCUCCGGAAGCUGUGUCUCCUAAGCCCGAAACACCACAAAUAAGGAGUACGCCUCACGCUAAUCCUUUUCUGGUGGAGAACUCGCCGCUUCGCCAGACGGUGGUGGGGCGGACGCUGAUCAGCGUGAAAAUUGGCAGCAUCAUGGAGCAGCCUUUGAUUUACUAUACCGCUCGUCUGGUGGCAGCCCGUUUCCUGCUAAGUGGACAGUCUGGAGCCAGUGGACUGCAGCCGGACAGUGUCAGCAGGGUUUCCAUCAAGAGCCUCUCUCUUUCGGUAAUUGCCCAGUGUAUCCGUCUCACACCGCAGGUACUUCAACUCCACUUGGAGAUCAGUGAGGAAGAGCUUGCGCUCCUGGAGGAGGUCGGUUCUCAACCUGGCAGUGGCGAUAGCACCCAGAUGUCGAGUCCCCAAAGCAGCGAUAACUCGCAAGUAAGUGGGGAGGUCAAAAAAUCAGAGACUUCCCUUAUUCAAACAGAAAUAGAAGAAAGUAUGCUCUUGCUGGACAUAAAAGAUGAUCAUUUUGGGCCGAGCACUUGUCCAGUUUACUUGCAACAAUCAACACCAGUUCUCAGUCGCAGUGCAGAUGCCACUGUGCUUCAAAGACAGCUCGGUGGUGGUAACAGUUCCACCCCAAAAAAUAUUCAAACGAAAAGCAACGAGGAGAAUCUAUCCAAGUCGGAGAUCAUAGGCAGCACUUUUCGACCCACUGUGGCAGCGGAGGAUAUGGCUCCUUCCAGCCUGCCUCCGCGUCCUCCUAAGCGAACAAAGUCAACGCGCAGUCGCACGGCUACUGUUGAAGUGACCUCUCCAAUUGGAAAGUCUCAAAGUUCUGCCAGCCAGCGGCUAUCUGACAUUUUACUAUUUCACGACCACUGUGAUCCUAUCCUGCGAGGAGGUGUCCAGCAGGUGGUGGGAAACUUUCUGCAAGCUACCGGAGCCGGACUUUAUCUGGAGUUGCUCCCGAGUCUGGGCUUACAGCACUUGUUGGCCAUUUUGCUGAAGGGCUUUGAGGACGAGAUCCAUACAGUGGUUAUACAUGCGUUGAAUGCAUUCGAUAAGAUAUUUCCGCAUGUGGUGUCCAAAUAUUUGACAGAGCCGCCAUGUCAUUAUCAUGCUCAUCAGCAGCAGCAACAGAAACGGCAGCAACAGAAGCUGGAGCAGGAGCAUAAGCAGCCGAAGCGACAGGAUCAGGAGCGGGAGACGGACCUGCAGCGACAUUCAAGCGGACAACAAAAGCGUCCGGACCAGGCGCAAACAUUUGGCCAACAAACUUUUGCAAAGGACCAGGAUAAUGCCUUAAGCAGUCAACGGCAGCAACAAAGGCGUCCUAACGAUGCCGGGACAUGUGCCAAGACCUCUUCCAUGGUCACUGAUAAUGAUGAGCUACUGACUGCUCUUUUGAAUGAUUUCCAAUUGCAAUCGACUGGCAUCCAGCAGCAGCAGCAGGAGCAGGAGCCGGAGUAUAAAAAAAAUAAUGACAACAACAGCGGUAGUGGGCAGUUUGGUAAUGAGGACGACCCGUUGCUCUGUGUUUUUUGUGUGUUUGCCAUCUCACCCAAAUUGCUCUUGAGCAAACUUCGGCUCUGUCAUCACAAUAAAUAUUGGCUGGUCCAGAAUAAAUACGCCGAAGUUAUUUCGAAUUUAAAUUACGUGCUCCUGCGGUCGUUCUACGCAAAUUUUCAUCCUUGCUGCGACAAGAGCAACAUUCAGCAAGGGCAGGAACAACAGCGGUCGCAGUCGCCCAAGGAUGCCUGCGAUGCUGGCCAGGAUGUGGAGGGAGAGGACAUUGUCUGCACCUAUGAGGCACAGUUUCUGGCUGAACUUUUGCAUCUGCUCGGCGACGAUGAUGCGCGGGUGCGGGAACACGCCGCCUGCUGUCUUUGCCGCUUUAUAAUGCAAACGGCGCGCCAGGAGCAGCCACCAUCGUCUUUGGCCAAGGAUGUACUAGUAGAUGGAGGAGUCGAAAUCGAUGGCAACAACGCCACCGUGGAAACUCAACAAACUAAUUUCAAUUUGCUGUGGGAUUUUUUCGACUAUCGCAUAUUUGGCAGCAUGUCCGUGACGUUGCGUAAUUUAUUCCGGGCCAGUUCGACGAUUGUGCCGCCGCUGGGUGAGCUGGAUGCACUGCCCUCCUUUGCCGGUCCGGAGUCAGGCAGCACGUCCGUCCUGUCGAUGGGGGGCCCAUCAUCGGCAUCCUCGAUCUCAGCCUCAUCCUCGACCUCCGCCUUCUCGUCCUCAUCCGCAGCGGCAGCAUCAGCCUUCGCGGCGUCGGCCUACUUCGAUGGCAGCUACGGAAUUGGCAUUGCCGAGGGGCAUGUUUUUGCCGCGCAACGUCAAAUCGGGCAGGAGGAAAAAGUUUUGGCCAAAGUUUUGUAUCGCUUGACAAAUAAAUUGAUGACGCUGAAUGAUAAAAAUUUGCAGUUUGGCAUAAUUUACGCCCUGCGACUCCUGCUCAGGUACUUCAAUUUCGUGGACUAUCAACAGGCCUGGAUGGAAUUCAAUUUCGUCGAAAUUUGCAUUAGCUAUGCCUACUACAAUAAUGCAACAGCUGCGGACCUCAGCUGCCAGAACGAUUUGAUUGAUGUUUUGGGCAAACUAAUGGCAGGUGCCAUGUUGAGCUCCGGAUCACCGAAUGCCACACACUUGGACUUUUUGCUGCGUCACAGCGUCAAGAUGCUGAACAUCUACUACCACCUGGUCACCAAUCAGCGCCCUCCCACCGCGGCCCACUCAGCCAGCUCCAAGGCACCCAAGAGCGAGCUCUUCACCCUCAGCAGCGGCGGACGGGAGCCACCGGGGGCAUCGCUCCAGGCUCUGGGUUACUUUGCUGGCGAUUACGUUUACAUGAAACUUUACAACAUUUUAAGAGGUGCUAAUGACAGCUACAAGAUAACCAUAAAUCACGAGGCCGGCAGCUUAUUAAUUUGUCUCUUGAAGACCUCCCUGAACGCAUUGAGCUUCUGCCUGGAGGCCACGCCGGGCGCCUCACCGCCGGAGCUAAAAUUAAUCGAAGAAAUUCUCCACUAUUUGACCAAACUCAUAAAUUAUGCACCCGCCGAGUGCGUUGCAUGUCUGCGGCAACUGCUGAAAUAUUUAUUCGGCCAAAAUUAUGCCAGCCAAGUGGUGCUGCAGCCGGCCGAUGCCGAUGUCGAUGGCCACCACUCUGCCUUCAUACGCCCCUACUUUGCGGCCAAGGGCAGGGGUCAUGGCGCCGGCUCCACAUUGUUGCCAACCAUAAAUUCAAAAGUCCAAGCAGGAGGUGGAGCGGGAGGAGCCGCAGCCGAGCAACCAAUUGAUACUGGGCCACUCCAGGCCCUGGGUCUGCUUUUUGUCCAAGGCCUUCAGCCACCUGCUCCGCCCGCGGGCGAUUGCGUUCGGCUUAUAAAGCUAUUUGAGCCUUUGGUCAUCUACUGUCUGACGCUCUUCAUGAAAUCCAAUGCACUCAUACAGGCGCCCAUAUUGCGGCUACUCUCCCAAUUACUGGAGCUGAACGUUACCUACAGCAUAUUGGAUUCCAAGAAUGUAAUAUUUGAGCAGAUACUCAGCAACUUGGAUCUGAUAGAAAGCGGUAUCGAUAGAAAUUCGUUAAUCAUCAUUCCCCCAAUGCUGAGAUUCCUCAUUCAACUGACCCACAAAAGCGACCGGCAGCUGAUCACCAUACCCAAGAUUAUCAGCAUUACAAACAACCUAUUGGCGAAUGGAUCCGUUCGGGAUGUGGCUUUGCUGGCCCUCAAGACCCUCAGCUACGAGCUCUUCUUCAUGCAGAGUCAGAUAGAGGAGGCCCUGGACGGCGACUCUGGCCACAGUUCCAGCCGGGCGGCAUGCCAGAGUCCGUUGAGUGCGACCCCAACUCCGGAAACCAGAGAGGCCUUGAUGGCACAACGACGCGAGCUCGACACGCAGCGGGAAGUGGUUCUGGGCAUGCUGGAGAAAUUCAUCGAGGCACGGCCAAGUCAACAGGUAUUGGCCUUGUUGCUGCUGUUCGAGCGGAGUGGCCAACUGACGGAGUCCCCACCCCCAUAUCACGGUUCUCAGGAUGCGGAUGCCGUGUACGGAGCACUGUGCCGUGGCCUUUGCACGCAGCAGUGGCGAUUGCAUUCCGCCGGAGAUUUGCGGCUGGUGGAGUGCUGCUUCCGCAACAACGAAAACUAUGUCCUUGCCGACAGUAAGGGAUUCCUGCAGCUGCUGCAGCUGUUCAUCGAGCAGGACGUCGGCAACUUUGGUGAUUUGGCUUUAGCUAUGGUUAUGCUGGCGAACGUAAUCCUUAAAACCGAGGAAAUUUAUUUAGUGAAUCACAUAAAACUUUAUUUGAAUAAUAAUCCAACGGCCGAGCGGCGGAUUCAGGCCCUAAUGCCAUCGACAGGAGGAGCACGGUGGCAGGACGAGGCACCAUCAACAUCUUCGGCCGCUGCAGCUGCCAGGGCUGCUGCCUCCGUCUGCCGUUCCACCAUCAGCGAAAUAAACUACUUUGCCAAAGUGCUAAGCGAGAAGCUGCUUUCCUGCUUAGAUACCAUAAUGGCCCUGGACUCCAGACUAUCCUCGGCUGCCAGUCACGCCUACUGCCAACUGGCCGGCCGCUUUGUUAACGCCCUUCACAACGUCUGCUGUCGCUCCCGGCACAAAGAUGCCCUUCAGUCGGUCUUCCGCUUGGUGCUUGCCGAGUCCGAGUUCCUAUGCAAAUACUAUAGCCUGCUGCGGAUGAGUGUCGCCCGCCGUGGUGUGCCCGGGUCGCUGGAUGCCGUUCUAAUCGCGUGCCAAAGGUUGGCCCUGUCCGUGCGAUUGGAGGAGCCUAUAGCCCUGCUGGAACAGGCCGCCCAACUGUCGGUCAGACGAAACCUGCAGCGGGAAUUACUGAGAGAAGUUUGUCGCCCAAACAUGGGCUGUGAGUGGAGUGCGCAACAAGUGCGCCAGUUGUUCGACGGCCGGUAUCUGAAUUUCCUAAUUGCUGACCACUUGGAAUUCCUUUGCGAGCUUUGCCAAGAGCGUCCCGAGUGCGGCUCAUUAUUGCAGGUGGCCCUCCUCCGGAACGCGCAGCAAUUGAAGCCGCAAUCCAUUCGCCUAGUCCUGCGGCUGCUGGGACGUCUUUGUGAGUCCACAGAGCGAAGAGCCCCUGGAGGAGUCUCCGGCGGGGAUGCAGAACCGAUAUUGCAGGCCCUGCAGGUCCUGAGUCGCCUGCACCAGCUGCACGAGGGACACCGUUCUCUGCAGCUGCCCAUGGAGCGGAUGGCCCGGCGAUUGACUGCCCAGAGCGGGAACGGCAUCAGGAACGUCAUCUACGAACAACUCAUCGAAGGCGAGCUGGCCGGGGGAGACGACCAGGACGCCCUGCGAACCCUGCUUCUGAAGGACUUGGAGUGCCGCCAGGACAAUGAGACUGCAACGCCGUCGCGCAUAAUUGAUGAGAGCUGGCUCUUUGCUCAGCUAAUCAAAUUCGCCACCCAGCACGAGGAUGCGCCUCAUCAGCAGAAGCAACUGAUGUUGCUGCUCCUAGAGAUUCAGUCGGAGCCGAAGCUGAACCGGCUGCUCCGAAGCCUAGGGGCGGUACAAGAGGCUAAGAUACUGCGUCAUGCCAUCGCCGGCUCUCUGGGUGCAAUGGUGGCUGCCUUCCGGCAGAAGUGCAUUCAGCACGCCCCGCACAUCAACUACAUGCAACCGCCGCCGCUGGCGCGUGUGUCUUGCUCCCUGCUCUUGGCAAGGGUGGCGGCCACAGCAGAAGCAUCGCCUCCACCCAAUGGCGAGCAACUGGACAUGGCCAGAGCAGUCGCUGCUCUGGUGACCGGCGUACGGAAUGUGGAGCAAACAGCACUCGUAUACAUCGAUGCCCGGCUGAUUGAGAAAUUUGUUGGGGAGCACCUGCUGCGCCAGGAGCAUCUCCCCCACUUGCUGGGCUACCUGGGCUGGUUGGUUGGGGCUGUCAAACAGAUUUUGGCAAAGCCAUCGCGGCACGAGUCCGAACAGGAUGCACUGGGUGUGUUACUUGCUACCGUGGAUGCCCUGCUGUUGCAGCCACGUGUCUGGAGGGACCUAAACGCCAGGUUAGAUCCAGGCCCACGCUGCGAUCUACUCGAACUGUUGGACCGUGUGUCUGGGUGCAUACUGCAGGAUACCAUUUUCUAUCAGCGCCAUCGCCUGGAGAAGGGCAGAGCCAACAAGGGACCGGCUCCGCAGGCGAUUUUUCUGGCCAAAUUGAUUGAAACGCAAAUUGAUAUCGAGUCCCAGGACAGCGGCAGGGUCUUGGCAGGCGACGGGGAUGCUCGCCUGCAGUUCGCCGGCCAGGAGCUGGCCCAGAUCCAAGUGCCACUGAGUCUGGUGGCCUCCAUUGGCAUCUCCUUGCUGCGUACGCACCAGUUUUAUGCCUACGCGGUAACUCCGCACGAGCUCAUCCAGCAGCCAGAGGAGCAGCAGAAGCAACAGGCCGAUGGCAAGCUGCCCACCAUUCCUGUGGACAGUCUGAGCGAUGUGGAUAUCCUGCGUCAAUUUGUCAAGCGACUCGCCAUCUUUGGCUUCACCACCCGGCAGCAGUUUGAGGAGUACUUCAUGACCUGCCUCCUGCUGAUCAAUAAGCUGUACGAUGAGCACAUGGUCGAUCAGCAGGAACAGUUCCAGAUCAAGCAGGUCUGCCUCCAGGCCAUCCUCGAACUUUUAAUGACGUACAAAACUUUUCCCAUUGUGGGCCAGUCCGGCGGACAGUUCCAUCACACGACUCGUUGGCAUCGCAUCACUUGUGACAGCAUUAGCCUAAAGAAACUGCACAAGGUGCAGCUACUGGUGGACGGGUGCAAUGUCUUCUAUCACCCCAAUCUGGAGCGGCAGCUGGCCCACGACAAUGUGAUUGGCACACGCACCUUUGCGGCCAAUCAAUACGAUCUCAAUUUCAGCUGGGCCCAAAUGGAGGUGCACGCCGGCGGGGGUCUGGGGGAUGCCCCCGCCACGGCGGACAUUAAGCAGUCCGGGGAUGCGGAUGUGCCUGACAUGGCAAUGCGCAACUAUCGCCAUUUUACGCAGCUGUCGGGAAUUGACUUUCGCAGCAGCACGCAGCUGGUCUUUGACGUACUGCAGCAGAUGAUCGAGCUGAAUCACAUUCUGGUGCUGCCCAAUUUGGUAAAGUUUUGUGAGAUCUGCGAGAGUCGCGACCACAUCAAGUGGAUUAAGGAGCGGUGCCUCAAGCUGCAGGAACAAGUGGCCAUGGACGACACGAUUUCGCAUCAGCAUAUUAUAUACCUAUUGUGCCGAAGCCAGUCACUCCUCAUUCCAAGCCUGAGUGAGCUACAGAGCCUGUGCUCCUUGAUUGGGAACAUCUACUUGAAAAGCACGCACAGCUUUAUACGCAUCGCCACUCUGCAGGGGCUCCUUUGCCUCCUCGAAUCCUGCAGCAAAACCAACACGACCAUGGGCCGGCUUAGCGAGGAGUUGGCUUUGCUGCGAGCUCUUAUUGUAGGCUACAUCAAUCGCCAUGGCAUCAUUGAUGAGAGUCCGCUGCCGUUCAGCGUGGAGCACACGAAGCUGGUCUGGACGCUCAAUUACAGCCUGAUCGAGUGGACAUCGAAAUUUGUGCCGCAAUGUCAUCUCUUGUCAAAUACAAUCAUUGCGGCCAGCAAUUUCCUGAAGACGACCAGCAACGAGGAGUUGUACUUGUGUGUUCUGCAUGGCCUGGAGCGCAUGGUGGUCAAUAGCGGUGCCCGAGCUCCUGGAUCGCUGCCUACUGGAGUGGGCGAUACCCUGGGUAAGGCUGGAGUUGGCGGGGCUCCUAGCUCCGAGACUGGAGUCGUGGUCACACCGCAGAUGCGACAUAAAAUUGAAAAACUUGCACUCGAAUUGCUGAAAAUGGAAAACGAGAAAUUUUCGAUUCCGGCAUUGAAAUUGCUUUUGUCCUGCAUGUAUGUGGGUUCGUCCACGCAGCUGGAGAACACAGAGCUGUCGAACGGCAUUGUCCAAGACGAUCCGGAGAUUAUAGCACAGCAAAACGAUAAAGUCGAUAUACUUUUGCAUUGUAUUAAAUCAUCGACUCGAGAUGCCGCCUGGAUUUAUGGACAAGUGCUGUGCCAAAUUAUUCGUGAUUUAGUGCCACCGAAUGAAAUAUUGACGAAGGUCAUAAAGGAGUUUCUGGCCAUAAAUCAACCGCACGGCGAUGUUAUUGCCAUGAUUGUAUAUCAGGUCUUUAGGUCGGCCAUCGACUCGUCGUACCUGCAGAUGCUCCAGGACUGGCUGAUCUGCACCCUGCCAACGUUCCUCGCCCAGCCGGAGCAGCAAGGUGUCUGGGGUCUCAGCGUCAUCUUUUUAUCCGCCUCCAUAAAUCUGCAUUUGAUUAAACUAUUUCCGCUGGUGCUCGGUAUCGGAGCAGCCAACUCAGCUGCAGCAACAUUGGCAACGGCGGCCCCAUUGCCGGGAACGCCCCAAAAAUUGGGUCAACACGAAAUUGCAUUGUUCGUGACAGCUGCACAAGAUUUCCAUGCGAAAUUGAGUGGCGAGCAGCGGCAGCGUUUCCGGGAGGCCUUCAGCAGCUACGAGCAGAGUCAAGUAUAUGGCAGCAUGUUGCAACGCCUGUGAUAGCGAUAUCCUGUAAUCAACAUCGAGCUGCCUGCCCGACUAUUUGUCUUACGUUUAAUUCAACUCGCAGCCAAGAAAAAAAUAUGUGCAGCGGAUUAGGAUUUGGCAGCGGCUAAGCUGGCUCCAAAGACAAGCGCAAGCGUGAAUAACUAAUUGCCCAGAGCUGAGGAGAAAGUUUAAGAGGCUGCCGGACAUCCUUCGUCGUCCUUAUCCCCCUGCACCGUCUUGUACUUUUAGUUCUUCGCUUUGGUCGCCCGAGCGGGCCAAAAGUUUUUUAAUAGUUGGCGAAUACAAAAUUAAUUUAUGCUUUACAUUAUGUGUAACUAAUAUUUAAAUUAUUGCAAACGAAUGUACCCCUUUCGCCCCUUCCUGCAAUCCCUGAGCUGGACGAAAGUUUAACGAGGCCACCAGCGAACGACCCGCAAUUAAUUCCUGCGGCAACGCAGACUCUUCGACAAGAACCCCACAGGACACGGCAGGACAGGCAGCGGACGCGCACGGAAAUUAUGUUCUUGCCAGUUUUUGGUAAAGUUUAUCAUUUAUUUAUUAUGACGCUCUAUGCCUGGCAAACGAGAGAGGAGGAAACUUGGCCACAGGACGCUAGUGGGCAUUAGUAUGCGGCUUAACCAAUUGCUGGCUAAUUCUUAAUCAAAAUUACUUAAAAAUUCCAUUAUGCAAGCAACCCUAACCCUUAACCUCUCACUUGUCUAUUCCAAUUGUAAUCAAAAUACUAAUCGCAUUGUUAAGCGGAAUAAAAUCACAAACUUAAAACAUA